GCAUGAAUAUGCGAUCCAAUGGCACAAUACACUUUGGGGUCAUGGAUAAGGCUACAGGCAUCUACACGCAUGGUGAAAUCAUAGGAAUACCAGUUGAAAACCAAGAUUCAUUUGUGGAUGCAUUAGACUACAUUGAACACUGCUUCAAAGGAUCAACCCAUCCGUCUGAUGCCAGGAGUUGCAUAAGGAACCCAAAGUUCAUUGAGUUCAGUGAGAAAGCCAACAAAGUCAUCUAUGAGGAGAAAGCCCCCUAUCACAGAAGAGGAUCAGAAGAGAAAACUCUCCAUCCUCCUCACAUGUGGAAAAAGUACAUGGAUGACUCACUGUUCUACAUCAUCGUGACAAACAAACUUAAACAAGAACAUCUUGAGAACAUCAACUUCUUGACUCACAUGAAUAUAUUUUGUACCUGGAUCAAAACAAAGAAAAAGCAGCUGAAAAGAACAGUGUCUGUGAUCUGCAAUGAAAUUCUUCCUCCAGGGUCAUUUGUGGUGGUUUUCUUGCUCAUGUCCCACAUCGAGCAACCUCUUGCUGAUACAUUCCAUGAAUUCUAUGCAGAAAUGAAUGAUAAAAAACAUUGUGGGGAAGUCAUCCAGCGAGAUGCAUACCGAGAAACAAACAACAUUCUAGAAGACAUUUUACAGGGUAAUAGUGCCAAAAGAUCCAUUGAGACUGUUAAUAUAUGUCACCAAGCCGGCAGUGGUGGGAGUACAGUUGCGCGACAGAUCCUCUGGAAUUGGAAAGCAAAACUGCGAUGUGCAGUAGUUAAACAAUCCCAUGAAAUCACAACUGUGUGUGAGCAUGUAGUGCACCUGAGGGAAUAUGAAGAACGAGACAAAAACAGCUGUCUCCCAGUGCUUUUGCUGUUGGAAGAUUGUAAUGCAGAGUACCGAGAUGAUCUUAGGCGGGAAUUAGGCAAUGCAAUUACAACCAAGAAAAUAAGUGCCUCUGUCCUAUGUUUCAUCCUGCUCAUCUGUAAAAGAUCUCAUGAUCCAGAGAGGAUGUGCCGAGCAUUGCCGUCUCAGACUGUAGCAGUGACACACAAACUGACAGAUGAAGAGAAGACUCUCUUCUCAAAGAAACUAGAGAGACUAAAGCUGAAAUUUGAACCUGAGUUCAUUCUCACAUUUGUACUGAUGAGUGAGGGGUUUCCAAACAAGUUACAUCGAGGGUUUUGUGAAGAAUCUACAUUUGUGGCACUGCUGAACUGUUAUGUUCAAGACUCGUAUAUAUCUGUGUCACACUGCGAAGCUUCCCUUGCCUUAGGUAUUCAAGUGGAUAGAAUCCGUUACCAUGCAUUUGAGAACUUCUCUCAGUGAACAAGCUAGACUUGUUUUCAUACACCUAAAGGAGAGUACAUCACAUCUCAUCCAUACGGAUAAUUCAUCCAAUGUUGGCAAAGGAAAUUCUA